AUGGAGGGUGAUGGCAGAGAUGAGAACGUGAGGAUUUUAACGCGAAGGCAGUGGCCGCGGAUGAAGCAGUUUCUUCCGCAUCUUGCGAUUGGAUCGGAUAAAUGCCGGCAUCAUGCGAUUGGAUCGGAUGAAUGCUGCAGUCCGUUGCAGGAGCAUUUGUGGGUCAGACAUUCACGCAAUCAUGUUCAACUGGGCCUUACUCUCCUCUUCUACCGUGGUCAGGAUGCAACCGUUCACAAUGAAGAACUACUAGAAAUUAAUGCUAGAUUGUAUAUGUCGUACGUUUGCCCGUAUGCGCAACGGGCAUGGAUCACAAGGAAUUACAAGGGUUUGCAGGAGAAGAUCAAGCUAGUCCCCUUGGACAUGACGGAUAAGCCUGGAUGGUAUAAGGAGGUUUACCCCAAGAACCAGGUGCCUUCCUUAGAGCACAACAACAAUAUCAUGGGAGAGAGCUUGGAUCUGAUAAAGUACAUAGAUAGCAACUUCGACGGACCCAAACUUGUCACCAACGAUCCUGAAAAGCAAAGGUUUGCAGAAGAACUGCUGGGAUAUUCAGAUGCUUUCAAUAGGGCAUUGCUCGACGCACUUAGAUCUAAGGGGCCCAUGACCGCUGAAGCUGGCAAGAACUGA